UAAGCUGCCCGGUCCCUCCCCACAGAACCCCUCCUGGACCCCCAGCCAUGAACAAGCAGCCCAGUAAAGAGAGUCUGAAGGACAAGGUAAAGGGGAUAUUUGGUUUGGGAUCCCCUCGACCCCCCAGCAAGCAGACAGAGAGCAAGCCCUCAGAGUUCAUCAUCACACUGGAUAUACUCAAGGAGCUGCACCCUGACUGUGGCCUUAGCAACAGAAUCCGGGUUGCUAACCAUGUCUCCGACCUGGCCAAGGCCAAGAAGUUUGAGGAGCAUGCAGUGGAAGCCGUAUGGAAGGCGGUGGAGGACAUGCUGACUCCAGAACAGCCACCUGAAGCUAGACAUGCUGUCCUGCUGCUCCUCAGAGCUGUCAUACAGGGACAGGGUGAGCGUCUGGGUCCUAUGCGGGCCUUCUUCUUCAAGGUGAUCAGAGACUACCAGCCGUCCAAUGAGGACCUGUCUGACAGGCUGGAGGUGUUCAAGGCCCUGACGGAGAACGGGAAGGACAUCACGUACCUGGAGGAGGACAUAGCUGGGUUUGUCCUGCUGUGGAUGGACAUUGGUCUGACCGCGGACUUCCUCCACGUCCUGGUCAACCUGGUCAAGUUCAACAGCUGCUACCUCGACCAGAACGUAUCCGUCAUGGUCCAGAAGAUCUGUCUGCUGUGUAACCGGACAACAGCCUCGACAGACAUUGAGAUGGCUCUACAGGUGCUGGAUGCGGUGGUGUGUUAUAACUGCCUCCCCUCUGACUCCCUCACCGUCUUCAUCAUCACUCUCUGUCGCACCGUCAACGUCAAGGAGUUCUGUGAGUCCUGCUGGAAGUUGAUGAGGAAGGUGUUGGGGACUCAUCUGGGCCAUAGUGCCAUAUACACCAUGUGCCGUAUCAUGGAGGAGAGGGCGUAUAUGGAGGAUUCUCCAUUGCUGAGAGGAGCAGUGUUCUUCGUAGGGAUGGCUCUAUGGGGGGCGCACCGUCUCCCAGCCUUAAAGAACACCCCUACCCUGGUCCUCCCAUCAUUCUAUAAGGCGAUGUGGUGUGCCAACGAGAUGGUGUCGUAUGAGAUCGUUCUGUCCAUCACCAGACUGAUAAAGAAGUAUGGCAAGGAACUCCAGGUGGUCACAUGGGACAUACUGCUGGGGAUCAUAGAGAGGUUACUACAGCAGAUUCAGUCGAUAGGCAGUGCAGAGCUGAAGUCCAUAGUGUUUGAGUUGCUGACUACAGUGGAGGAGCUCUAUGAGCAGAACGGCUUCCAUGGAUCAUCUGACAAGUUCUUCAGUCUGGUGGAGAAGUGUGCUGACAAAAGACCUGAUGCGUCGGUGCUGACUCUGAUAUCGUACCGGGCCCAGUCCAUCCAGCCAGCUAAAGACGGGUGGAUCCAGAGCCUACACCGCCUUAUGGAGAAGUUCUUCAGGAAUGAGAGUCGUAGUGUGAUCAGGAUCAAAGUGCUUCACAUCCUCUCCUUUGUCCUCAGCACCAACCGCCAACUCUACGAGGAGGAGCUGAUCGAGGUGGUGGUGGUUCCUCAGCUCAGUGGGAUAGCAGAGGACAGAGACCUGGCUGUGAGGAGACAGGCUACCCAGCUACUGGUGGACCUGGCUGAGAGCUGUAGUACACACCACUUCACCAGCCUCCUGGACAUCAUUCAGAGGGUGGCGAGUCGUUCGCUGGUGUGCCCAGGGCCCCUGGAGGUGUCGGAGAGAGACCCCACGGCAGAAUCCCCCAUGGAGGAUGUCAGGACGGCUAUACGAGGCCUACUGGAGAUACUGCAGAGUAAGCUGUACAGCCUGCCAGCCAGCCACGCUAGUCGAGUGUACGAGCUGCUGAUCGGACACCUGCAGCUGCACUACAAGAGCAAGUACAGCUCCGCUGUGGCCUGCAGCAUACGACUACAGGUGUUUGACUUCCUCCUGAUGAUGAGAACUGACUCCCUCCAUCGUCUGGGGUUCCUCAGUAAAGACGGGGUUCUGAGGUUCAGUCCGUACUGCCACUGUGACAUGGGGGAGCCAGAGAAACGAGGGAGUGAGAAGAAGCCUGCAGGCUCAGUGUCUCCCCCUGCUGGCAGUCCUGCCCCCUCCUCCUCCACCACCACUGCCCCCUCCUCCUCCAUCCGUACAGCCUGCCUGCCCUACUCACCUGCCUUUAAUGUGCUGCUACAGUGCCUGAAGAUGGAGACAGACUGGAAGGUGUUGAAGCUGGUACUAGACAAGAUGCCCUGGACCCUGCAGUAUAAAGUCCUGCUGCUGUCCUCUCCCUGCAGCAUAGACCAGCUCUGUUCUACACUCUGUUCUAUGGUGACAGACCGUCUUAUCUCAGAGCGUCUGAAGAAGACUCCAGAUGGUUUCAGUCGUACUGAUGUCCAGCUGGCUGUAGUACCUGUUCUCACUGCUAUCACAUCAUACCACAACUACCUAGAACAGGCCAGACAGAGGGAGUUGGUUCAGUGUCUGGAAGCAGGGCUGAUAUACCGCUGUGCCAAGCAGUGUGUGGUUGCCCUGACAAUGUGCACCGUGGAGAUGCCUGACAUCAUGAUUAAACUCCUCCCCGCCCUCAUCGUCAAGCUGACGCACAUCUCGGCAACCGUCGCCAUGGCGUCACCCAUGCUGGAAUUCCUGUCCACUCUGGUGCGGCUGCCACAUCUCUAUGCUUACUUUGUAGCAGAGCAGUAUGUCAGUGUGUUCGCCAUCUCCCUGCCCUACACCAACCCCUCCAAGUUUAACCAGUACAUUGUGUCGUUGGCUCACCAUGUCAUCUCCAUGUGGUUUAUCCGCUGCCGACUCACCUUCAGAAAGGACUUUGUGCAGUACAUCACCAAGGGUCUGCGCUCUAAUGCUCUGAUGCCGUUCGAUGACACCCAGGACACUCAGAGCAGCUUCCGUGCUCGCAGCACCAGCCUCAAUGAGAGGCCCAAGAGCCUACGGGCAGCCAAAAUGGCGAAGGCCCACCAGCAGCAGCAGCAGGCGUCAAUGGCAGCGGGCGUCGCGGCGAGUACCGGCUCUCCCGUUAAAGAGCUGAGAGAUCUGUCGGCCAUGGACGCCUUCCGCUCCCGAAGCAUCAGCGUCUCCGAGCACGCGGUGCGCAGGAUGCACACCUCCAGCACCACGUGUAGUCUGGGUUCUUCUGACGAGAACACCGUGAGCCAGGCAGACGAUGGGUUAAAGACCGUCCACCUGGAGUUAACGGAGACCUGUCUGGACAUGAUGGCUCGAUACGUCUUCUCCAACUUCUCAGCCCUGCCCAAGAGGUCUCCUAUAGCAGAGUUCCUUCUGGCGGGGGGUCGCAGUAUGACCUGGCUGGUGGGUAACAAGCUGAUCACCAUAACGACCAGUGGUGGGGUCAGGAGCCAGGCCCUACUGGGAAUGGACAUGGCUGAGAGGCUGGGAGGAGGGGGAGAGAUGACCAGGUCAGACCCCUCCCUCCACACCCGUCAGACCAAAGAGGCUCCGGCCAAACUGGAGUCCCAGUCCAGUCAACAGCUCAACAGAGCCUCACGCAUCAGAGUACGAUCCAUGUCAGGUGGCCAUGCCCUCCGUGCAGGUCCAGCCCAGAGCCUCAGCCCCCUGGUCUCACCCUCUGAGGGGGGAGAGCUGUGUGGUGUCCCCCUCUCUCCCCCCUCCUCCUCCUCUGGCCCCUGUCUGGAUGGCCUGGAGCCCCCCUCUCCUUCCCCCUGUGCCCCCCCUAAGGACCCUCUCAAAGACAAGCCCAGCCUGGCAGAGUUCCUUCCCGUUCUGACCCAGGGAUGGGCUGAGAUCUUCAUACGCAGACCCUCAGGUAACACCAGCUGGUUGAUGUGUCUGGAGAACCCUCCCAGUCCCUUCUCCUCUGAGCUGGGUAACAUGCCUCUCCAGGAGCUGUCCUCUGUCCUCAUGGCCAUGGAGGGGGUCAAGGAGCCCCCCACUCAGACUGCCAGCGCCCCCGCCAGCACAGCCACCCCCGCCCCGACCCCCGUAGUCCUUAACCCCCCUGGACCCAUCCAAGGGGGCAAGCCUGGACUCAUCCAGCGCUCUAACACAGUGGGCUCUCUCUCCUCUCUGGGUCUGUCCUUCGCCCUGCCCCCAGUUCCGGUUCGGCUCCAACGGAGCAUUUCCUGGGCAGGUACAAGCAGCGUGGCCACGCCCCCAACACGAGCCUCACCCCAAACCAGUGGUGGCACUUUAAAUGUGAGGAUGGGCUCAUAGUAACGGAACAGUAAC